CGGUCUUUACCCCUACGAUUAGGAGUGUCGAUGACAAGAUACCUCAGAUCGGUCCACGAGCCGAAAAUCGUGCAGAUAAACCCUGCAAGUACCCCAACCUUUCGUCUCGGGUAUAAAGCACGUCGCCCAUCUCUGGAUUGUACACCCUUAUCUUUCAAUCGCGGCCAGUCAAUUGAAAAUUUAGCUGUCUGCCGUAACAUUACCGACUUUACACUGGCGCCCACGCUUUAUGGAUCUACCAGACGAACUGCGCAGCUCGAUUCUCGCGUCGCAGGGCAAAGACCCGAUACUGCACCAUCUUAACGCAGACUCGUCCUGGCUCUUCCAAGUACCAAAUUCAACAUUCCAGCCUGGCCGCAAGUUCUUCAACAUUCUUAUCGAUCCUUGGCUUUCGGGUCCCCAGUCUGACGUGGCGAGCUGGUUUAGCAAACAGUGGCAUGCAAUUGCUCCUCACUACAGUAGCAUUGCUGCCGUCGAGGCUUUGUGCUGGCACGUCGAGCGGCUGCUCGACGCUGCCUCGGUUGAAGAGAAGCCAGGAAAAAUCGACGCGGUGGUUAUCAGCCAUGAGUUUACGGAUCACUGCCACGAAGGAACCAUGCGGCAACUGGAUCCCAAGACCGCGCUGUUCGCAAAUGACAAAGCCAUCCAGUUGAUCAAAAGCUGGAAGCACUUCGACCAGGCUUCGAUCCACGAAAUACCCGGCUUCUCCCCAGACUGGCUUGCGCUGUCCCGUCCGCCGCUGCCAAAGUCUCUCUCCAUAUCACGGUUGCAGAACGGAGGCGACUUCCUGUACUACCACUCCGCCGUCGUCAUCUCGUUCCUGGAUCCAGAUCUCAACGCGGGCAAAUGCCUGAUCUACACGCCACACGGUCUGCCCUGUACGAAUGAGAACCCGUUGCUGUCGUGCACGCCGCCGCUGCAGACCCUUGCGCUGCUGCACGGCCUGCACGACGUCAGCAUACCGUGGGGCGGCCCUUUCAAAAGCGGAACGCAACAGCUGAACCUGGGAGCGCACAACGCGCUGAAGCUCCAGCGGCAGAUCAAGGCGAAGUACUGGCUCAGCACGCACGACGAGGUCAAGAAAGGCGGCGGCCUGGUGGGCUUGCUUUUGAAGCGCAAGGUGAUCCCCCUCGACGACGCUCUGAAGAUGGAGAAGCGUGGCGAGCAGGAUGCCGAGUCAGCAGAGGACGCGAAGGUCAUAGACAUGGAGAACGGGAAAGGGAUGGUGCUGCUGUGACGUCGGACGCGAUUCGUGGCUCUUCGACGACGUUCGCGUAACACCACGGGUUUAGUCAUUCCAUCUCUUCUAACUUAUCCGUGCGACGACGAUGAUAAUGGAAUAUGUUUUGCGUCCUCCCCAUUCA